GUUCAACCGCAAAGUAACCACAGUAAUAAGCUUAGUUUUCUAAGCCCUUCGGCUUCCGAGUGAUUUCAAAAAUUUUCAAAAAUUUUCGUUGUGUGAUAAAUUUGUGCGGAAGUUGUCGUGUUAGUUCAAUUUUUUUGAAAUGGCUUACAACAAUUCUCCACCCGAUCACCAUCAGGAUAUGUAUCAUUAUGGAUACCCGCCACACACCUAUCAAUACAUGUCAGAUGGUGGAAGUACAGCAGGUGGAGAGGAUACAAAUUUUUGGUCACACAGUCCAUCCAGACCAGAUACCACAUCGCCAAAAAUCAUUAAUAGUACAUUAGGCGGCACAUACCCACUAUACGCAACAGUAGGACACUCAAAUAUAUACAGACUUGGACCUAUUAACCAACCAUAUCCAAAUCCCCAUAAUCCUGAUACAGAAAUAAUACAUACGACAGGGUCUUUUGUACGAGUUGUCAAAAGAAGAACGACAGCGAACAAAAAAGAAAGACGAAGAACGCAGUCCAUUAACAUGGCUUAUGCAGAUUUGAGAGACUGUAUUCCCAAUGUACCAGCAGAUACCAAAUUAUCAAAGAUAAAAACUUUAAGACUAGCUACAUCCUACAUCUCCUACCUGACCCAUGCCUUGGAGACGGAUGACCCAGCUGGCGGGUUUAAAGCGGAAAUCGGAACGAUUUCAAGAAAAUCAAACAACCAAAUAAACUUGAGCAAUUCCGCUCAAGUGAACGGCUGUACGGUAGAACACAUUACUUCUGAAAGCGUUAAUUCGGAAGACCUGAGCAACUCCAGGAAAGCUAAAGGGCGCACAGGUUGGCCGCAGCACGUGUGGGCAUUAGAAUUCAAAAAAGAGCCAACACUUUAAGGAAAAAUAUGGUCUGAGAAACGCCCCAGGAGCAAACAACUUUGUUAAACCAGGGCUGGAUUCAAUAUUAGUCGAUUUACAGAAAAAUAAAUAGAUUUUUAAUACUUGGUAUAGUACAACUUAAAAAUAUUUGUUUGAGUUCCAUAAUUUUGAAAACUCAAAAUUUUGUUAAACAGUCAAAAAUUUCAAAUUAACAAAAUGUUACUAUAAGACUGUGGUCUCCAAUAGAUGCCGUAGGUUACGUACAGCGUCAAGCCAGACGUUGCAUACAGCCUUUGUCAGCCACCACCAACUUCACGUAGUCAUUACAAAACAUAGGCCACGGUUAUCAAUAAACACCGUAUACUCAAGGGUAAUAAGGUUUUUUCCAUGCCACUUGAACAGCCAGGGUACUGAAGCGUUUUUUCGACAGGUAAUACCUAUAAGAUAAGAGCAAAUUGUAACUAGUUCCUGCGUAGGAUCUGGCGGCCAUUUUUAUUUAUAAACAAUUAAGUGUCAAAAAAUGACAUGUUUUCCUUUUUUUUUUUCAAAUUAA